AAAGUUUACACCCCACUUACAUAUUUUCUUAUUUAUAUAAUAAAGGAAUUUUCACAAUUAAUUGUAAAAAAAGGUGUUAUAUUGAGAAAACUAUUUUUAAAUCACCCGUUUUAUGGGUAUUCAUAGUUGUGACAAUCAUUGAUAAGAUAAUAAUUUGUUGUGAUAAGUAAGUACUACGACUUCGAUGGUACCGGUGGUGAUAGAAAUUUAUUUUCCUCAGUUGAAGUGAAAAUAAUUGAUGAAUCAUAAUAGACUAAAGGAUUAAUUAUUAUCGAUGAUAUUUGCCAGAGUUUUGUUAAUACUAUUUACACUAUUGGAAAUAAAGAACCCUGUUCUCAGUAUGGAUUCAAAGGCUUUAUCCUCUGCAAUCACCAAGUUCUCUGCAAAGUUUUGCAAUGAACUGGAUAAAAAGAAGAAUGUUGUAUCUUCGCCAUUGUCAGCAGAAUACUUGCUGGCGUUGAUAACUUUGGGAACUACUGAUCCCGCACACGAAGAGCUAUUGACAAGCCUAGGUAUCCCGGAUGAUGACACGAUUCGCUCAUCAUUCUCGGCUGUGUCGUCAAAAUUGAAAUCAAUAAAAGGUGUUACGUUUAAUGUAGCCAACAAAAUAUACAUCAAGGAGGGUGACUAUGAGCUCGACCCAAAACUUAAGAAGGACGCUGUCGAGGUAUUCGAUGCAGAUUUUGAAAAAGUUAACUUCGAUAACGGAGCCGCAGCCGCCGGCCUAAUAAACAAAUGGGUUGAAAAUAAAACAAAUGAACGUAUUAAAGAUCUCUUGAGUGAAGACAGCCUCGAUUCGUAUACGCGUUUGGUUUUGGUCAACGCUCUCUACUUCAAGGGUACAUGGCAAAACCAGUUCGACUCUAUAAGCACCAUGGAGCGACCGUUCUAUGUUGACACCGAAACGACAGUUAAUAUUCCUAUGAUGUACCAAGAAAAUAAUUUCAAGUAUGGUGAGAGCCACGACCUCAAUGCGCAGUUACUUGAAAUGGCGUAUGAAGGUAACGAUGCCAGCAUGGUUAUCGUGCUGCCGAACGAAAUUAAUGGCCUUGACGGGAUACUGCAGAAGCUGGCCGAUGGCUACGACCUAACUUCGGAACUGGACAAAAUGUUCUCGACCAAAGUGCGAGUGACGGUGCCGAAAUUCAAGAUCGAAACUGAGAUUGAUCUACUUCAAGUUUUGCCCAAGUUGGGUAUUCAGGCGAUCUUCAACCGCCAGAAUUCCGGUCUGACCAAGAUCUUGGAUAACGACGAGCCGCUGUACGUAUCCAAGGCUGUGCAAAAAGCCUUCAUUGAAGUCAACGAGGAAGGCGCCGAAGCAGCCGCCGCCACAGCAAUGGGCAUUGCAUUUUGCACUGCAUUUAUUGACGAGCCACCAGUACCUUCCUUCGAUGCUGAUCGGCCAUUCGUAGCGGCAAUCUACGCCCAUGGAAUCUCUCACUUCUAUGCCAUAUACCGUGGGAAAAAUGAUGAAUAAAUUUAGUGCACACAUUAACAACGAAAGGAAUACCAAAAAGUAUUUGUAUUACAUCCCUGGUGUUUUGAUUCUGUGUUAGUAUUGUGCGUGUGUGAUACGUACCCAGUUAUUUAUUUAUACCCAAUGUAACAAGCAAAAUAAAAUCGAAUGCUCUCACUUAACGAAUUGAAAUGAAAUGCAAGUUUAUUUACAUAUUACCUACGAGCCAAACCCAUCUUUUCCAUUUAUCAAGACACCAACCAACUCUAGUGCAGAGGACAAAUGUGUUGUAAUUAGUGUGAAGCAAGAACCUAAUAUAUGUUGGUUUAAAUGUCACUGAUAUCUGUUGCAAUCUUUUCUUCUAUUUUGUAUAUUAUAAAAGUAAAUUUUUGCUUAAUAACUAUUAUUAAAGGAAAAAUUAAAGAUGUUUAGUUGAAAUUAAUUGAACGU